GGACGGGAGCAGUGCAGGGUCGGGUGGCCAUUUAUAAACGACCUCCCUGCCCCCUGCUUGUGCACGCUCCCUAGGAGCGUGCAGCACCGCGAUCCGGUGCCCGCUGUGUCCUCCAGACAUAGUGGGACACCGAUCAUUAGACGGGACCUCUGUGCAAGGUCCCGAUAAUGUGAUCACUGAUUGGCCAAUCAGUGAUCACAUGCAGAGUAGUAAGCAAGAUGUCACUUCUGAUAUCAUUGCUUACUACGUGUGAAAUCUGUGAAUGAUCACAGAGAUCACAUGGUACAAGGCUGUUGUGAAUAGCCCUGUACCAUGUGACCUCUGUGAUCAUUCACAGAGUUCACACGUAGUAAGCAAUGAAGUCAGAAGUGACAUCUUGCUUACUACUCUGCAUGUGAUCACUGAUUGGCCAAUUAGUGAUCACAUGAUCGGAACCUCGCACAGAGGUCCCGUACGACGAUCGGUGUUCCACUGUGUCCGGAGGACACAGCGGGCUCCCAGGGAGCGCACACAAGCAGGGGGCAAGAAGGCCCUUUAUAAACAGCCACCCGACCCUGCACUGCCACCGUCUGGCUGUUUAUAUACAACGGCUGGACGGGAGGUGAUUAAUGCACAA